GGUGGUGAUAGCCCCUGGGACCCGGUGGCGGAACUAGCCCCUGGGACCUGGUGGUGGAGCUAGCCCCUGGGGCCUGGUGGCGGAGCUAGCCCCUGGGGCCCGGUGGUGGAGCUAGCCCCUGGGACCUGGUGGUGGAGCUAGCCCCUGGGGCCCGGUGGUGGAGCUAGCCCCUGGGGCCCGGUGGUGGAGCUAGCCCCUGGGGCCUGGUGGCAGAGCUGUGCGCGAUGGAGCAGACGGUGAGCGUGGAGAGGCAGCGGUUGGCCCGGAAACGCAGGGCCCAGCAGCUGAAGAGGUGGGCCGCCUGCGAGAGGGACCUGCAGGGCAAGAAGAGCAAGGCUGAGAAACGCCAUGGCUCCGCCCACGGCCCCGCCCACAGCCACACCCACGGCCCCGGAAAACACGUCACCUUUACCGCCACUGUGGAGCUUCUGGAGGCUGCUGCUCGGAAUGACUUGGAGGAAGUGAGGUACCUGCUGGAGAACAGCGUGAGUCCAGACCUGUGUAACCAGGACGGCCUCACCGCCCUGCACCAGUGUUGCAUUGAUGACCAUGAGGACAUGCUGAAGGUCCUGUUGGACGGGGGGGCCAGUGUCAAUGUGCGGGACAGGGAGCAGUGGACCCCCCUGCACGCUGCGGCCACCUGCGGUUACACCGGGCUCGUCCGCACCCUCAUCCAGCAGGGUGCAGAUCUCUUGGCGGUAAACUCCGAUGGGAACAUGCCCUAUGACCUGUGUGAGGAUGAUUUGGUGCUUGACAUCAUUGAAGCAUCGAUGGCCAAUCACGGCAUCACUCAGGCGAUGAUAAACGAGAGACGUGCGGCCCUGGAGCAGAGGAUGCUGGGAGAUAUCCAGACGCUGCUGCGGGACGGAGAGGACGUUAACCAGCAGGACUCCCAGGGGGCCACACUGCUGCAUGUAGCUGCGGCGCAUGGUUUACUGCAGGCUGCUGAGCUGCUGCUGCAGGGAGGGGGGAGGACUGAGAUUCAGGACAGAGACGGGUGGCAGCCGCUCCACGCUGCCGCCUGCUGGGGACAGGUGCAUGUUGCUGAGCUGCUGGUCUCCCAUGGUGCUAGUCUGAAUGCCAGGACCUGGCUUGACGAGACUGCCAUUGACCUGUGUGAAGACGAGCAGUUCCGGGCUGUUCUUCUGGACCUCAAACACAAGCGUGAUGUCAUCAUGAGGUCACAGCUCAGGCACACCACCCCACUGUGCAGGCGGUCGUCCAGUACAGGCAGCCGCGGGUGAGUGCUGCCCCCUGCUGUCUGUCCUG